UCUUCCGAAGAGAUUCUACUCGAAUUAUCCUUCUCAGCCUUCCUUGUUCCUAAAAACCUUCCUCUCGACCGCGCCGGAUUGCGGGGACGACGUCAUGAACGACACCACGACCACCCCUUCUCCCACUCCGGGACCCGCCACGAAAGCAACUCCGACUUCGAAAUCCCCCUCAGUAGCGGCCGGAACGAAACGCAAGCGCGCAUCCGCGGCGAAAUACUAUGCCGUGAAGGCUGGCUACCAGCCCGGUGUUUACUAUGAUUGGCACGAUUGUUUGACCCAGGUUACCGGGUACAAGGGAGCUGUCUUCCAGGCCUUCCCUUCUUACGAAGAAGCAAAUGCUUUCCUCACCGGGACCCGUGCGCCCGCUGCGCGCGGCGGCACUCCCCUAGAUUCUGAACCCACGAGAUUUUACGGUGUUCAGCGCGGUCGAAUACCCGGUGUUUAUACGGACUGGGCAAAAGCGCAGGAGCAGAUCAAAGGUUUUCCCAAGCCACGUUACAAGAAAUUCUCGACUAGGGAGGAGGCAGAGGAGUUUGCAAGGGAAGGCCAAGGAUCCGGCGCUACGUUCGGAAAGACCCCGGAAUCACAGAAGCUCGCCGGUGCACCGGGAAUGAUGAACGGGGUCCCUGCAGAUGCGCAGGGUAUACCUUUUGAGGCGGGCACUGGCCCUCUGCCGACCGGAGCGGAGGAUGGGUUUGACCCCAAUGUAUUGUUGGAUCCCAAAACAGGAAAAGUGGUCUAUAAAUCACAGGACCAGAAGGCCGCGACCAAGGUGAAAUCUACUGGUCCGCCAGGGAUGCUGCGCAUCUACACGGACGGUAGCUCCUUGAAAAAUGGCAAAGCGCUUGCCUCCGCGGGCGUUGGGGUUUACUUUGGACCUGGCGAUUCCCGGUUUGUCCCCCCUGACGUUCACCUUAGCGUUGUCGCGUCUUCUUUAUCCCUUAGGGGGUCUACCUUUGGCUAAUACUGACGCCUGUUCUCCCAGCAGAAAUGUUU